AUGCAUGUGGAGAGCGGUGUGCUAAUGAAUGCCGCGAGCGUUGUAAUGAGAGCAAUACAAACUAAUAUUGAUGCAAUGAUAGAACGGAGUGGUGGAAAAAACGAGUAUGAAUAUAAGAUAGAGGUUAAAACUGAAAAGGUUAGGGAUGAAAAAGGCGGUAUUGAAAUUAGCGAAAGUUUAGAUAACAAAGUUUUAAACGAGCGGGAGGACGGUGCGGUUGUUCCUACGGUGAAAGAAAAUUAUAAGGGAAAUAAAGAAGAAGUUUCAGAAAAUUUGACAGAAGAGGAAGAAAUAAUUCUCCGCUCUCGUAUCAGUAGCCGUCGACUUACUGAUGGAGGUCAGGUCAAUUUUGUUGAGUAUCAGCAAAUUACUCCUAUGGAGGCAGAUAAAGAACAGUUAAAAGAUUUGAAGAAGCGUGUGGAGGCAGAAUUAGAAAUUAGAGCAAAAGUUGAAGAGAGUUCAAGUAAUAGUAGUUCUCAAACUUUAAACAAAGCAGGAAAAGGAAAAAUUAACACUUUUAUUAAGCAGGUAUUAGAGGAAAAAUUGAUAAAGGAGGAAAAAAAAGAAAAAGAAAAAUUAAGGCAACAACUCAUUAAAGGUUAUCAAGCAGUAGCCAAAAGUCAAAAAAGACAGACAGAGGAUGAAAUGUGA